AAAAGGAUAUAGGUUGAUGGCUGCCAUUCCAUGGAAUACAAUCGACAAUGUGUUCAUACCAGUGAACGUGGAGCAUAAAAAUCACUGGGUGUUGGCUGUUUUGUCAUUAAUUGACAAACACAUUUAUGUAUAUGACUCAUACAGAGCAGCAGGUCAUAACUAUCAUGUUAGAGAAGAAAUUCAAAAGCUUGCUCAGCUUCUGCCAAUGUAUGUUUCAAUGGAGAUUGGAAAUGAUUCGGAUGAUGCAGAAGAUAACCACAUCGCAUACGACGUGACGUAUGUGGAGGAUAUACCUCAACAAGGAUCAGAUUUUUUGGAUUGCGGGAUAUACUUGCUAGCAUUUGCCGAGUACCUAAGUGAGGGUGAAGGUAUUCCAGUUAAGUAUCUUGAUUCUAAGUUACACCGUAUCAGAUACGGUGCACUCUUGUGGGAAUAUGCAAUGAAAAAGAUGAAAGACGGGGCUGUUAGCGAUAAUGAGGCACCACCAAGAAGAAUGAGGACACCCGCAAGGAUUGAUAAUAGUCAACUUGUUGUGAUUGAUUAGUAUUUCGUACUAGUUCUAUUUUUUUUGAACUUAUGGUAAAAACUAAUAUUUUGGUUUUUUGUCAAACAUUAUCAACUUUUCUUUAUAUUCAUAUAUGAUCACAUUAGUUGU